AUGUCUGAUGUAUUGAUGUUAUUGGCAUCAAAAAAAUACGAAUCAACACAUUCUUUGGUAAGAAAUCAUAAAGUUUUCAAAAAAAAUUUUUUUCAAUAAAUUUUGGACCAGAAUUUAGUGCUAGAAAAUUGUUUAAAUUUUUUUUUGAGAAGAAAUCAAAAAUUAAUCGAAUGAAAAAACAACUUUUGAAAAUUACAAAUCUUUUGAAACAGUGAAUUUUUUUCAUAUUUUUUUGGAGAUCUAGAUUGUCUAGUAAAGAUAAUGUUUUGAAAAUUCAUGUCAAAAGUUUCUAGAUUUUUUGAAACAGUACAUUUUUAGUCAUAAGCUAAUUCUCCUAUUUUUUUGAAAUUUUUUUUUCAAAGAAAAUUGAUCAAUUUCAGAACAAAUAUGAACCAAAAAAGUUAAUUUUGAUAGAAAAAAAUGCCAGGCUCCCACAAAAAUCCAAGUUUUUCAGAUGCAUACCACUGAAAUCGUCUCAAUCUUUUCAAUUUUCCCCAACGGCAAAAUACUAUCAUGUGAUCGCGACGGAAAAUUGGUGCAAUGGGAUUGUUUUGGUGAAGAUGACACGCCCGAAAUGAUUGCCAACGGAAUAAAACCGCCCAUUUUCAUUCCGCCAGGCGGAAAAAUAAUGAUUGGAUAUUGUCCGACAAAUCCGAAAGAGAUGAAAGUUUGGCAAUUACAAGAAGACGGAGCACCGAUUAAUCGAAAUAAAUUGAGCCAUAAUGAAGAGAUUACUUGUUUUGCGACUGCUUCGAAAGGCGGAAGUUUGGUGGCGACUGGAAGUUUGGAUAUGAGUUUGAAGAUUUGGCAGGCGGAUUCGGGAUUUUUGACACAGGUUUGGAGAAGGGUUUGGGUGGGCAAAAGGUUCUUUGGGAAUUUUUUGAAAUUUCAAUUUUUUUAAUUCAAAAAAGUUCACUGUUUUAAAAAAUUCCGUUCGCUAGAAAUAAUUUAUUUUUCAAAAUUUUACUGUUUCAAAAAUUUUUUUAAAUAAAAAUUUUGUCUUUUUUUUUAAUCACUUAACAGUUUAUGUCCAAAAAUGAAAAAUUAGCAUUUUUAUUAAUUUUUACUGUAAAAAUUUCAAUUUCCAGAAUUUUUUUAGAGAAGUAAAAUUUUGUUAUGAAAAUUAGCUGAAAGUUGAAAGUUCGACUGAAAAUCAUCUAGAAAAUUUAAAUAAAAAACAUUUUCAAAAUUUGCCACGUGGCGAAUCAAAUUUUCAACCAGAAACUAGAGUCUACUUGAAAAUCCCUCCAAAUUCACAAUUUUGUUUUCUCUUCAGAUUCUCGUUGGCCACGAAGAUAUCGUAACUUGUUGUUGUUUAUCCGAUGAUGAGCGAAUUGUGAUAUCCGGUGCGAGAGAUCAUAAAAUGAUUGUUUGGAAUGUGAUAACUGGAGAGAAUAUGUGCACAAUUCUGGCGGCUGCUCCGAUUUCAGCUGUUGCUUUGACUGGUGAUGGAACUGUUGCGUUUUCGAGUGAGUUUUGCGGGCUUUUGGGCCAGAAAAAUUUAAUUUUGAGUGAAAAAAUGUCUGAAACAAUUAGGGAAUUCAAAAGAAAUGCAUGUUAUUAUUUUGAAACAGUAAAUUUGUCUUCCGAAGUUUUACUUUUUGUUAGGAUUUUUCGAGACUGUGCAAUUUUUAAAUUCAAAAAUUCGACAUCUUUAUUCUCUAACAUGAGCAAUACCCCUCUCUCAUUUUUUCUCAAAUUUCCCCCAUUUUUGCAGGCACCGAAGAAGGUUGGGUUGAAGCAUGGUCAACAGACAAAGGAAAACGUCUGUCGAUGUUCAAUACACAUCGGCCAAUUCGAAAUUUAAUCACAAGUUUCGAAGCGAAUCGAUUAUUAGUUCAUCUAACUGGAUGUGCACAAUUACCUAUUUUAUGUUUACAUAAUACACCAGCAGCUGCACAAGAAGCAACUAGAAGAAGAAGUGCGAGAGCUCCGUCGGUUUCGAGUAUUACUAAUGAACCAGGUUGGUUAAAGGGAGUUUUUUCUAAUCUCUUCAAGAUCUCACAUUUUUCAACUGAAAAUUAGUAAGUCUCUGGAAUUUGAAAUUAAAAUAGAGUUUCAAAUUUUAAUAAAAAAUUAAUUCGUCCAAAUUCUAAAUUCGUUGCAGCCAUUGGAAUGUCAUCAGCAAGUUCAAUAAAUGAAGUGAAAAAAGAUAUGGCAUCUUCGUCAAGUGUAACUCCAUUAUUAGGAAAUGGUUCACAAAAUCAAUCAAAAGGUCGAUCGACUUUCGAUAAAUUGGAGAGAAGCAAAAGUCGAACAUCAAUGAUUGAGAAAGUGAGUCGAAUGUGUCGAAUGUAAAUAGGUAAAUAUUGAAUUAGAGAGUAGAAUUUGGGGGGACUAAUGAGACCAGUUCUAGAAAUUUUGAAGUAUCUAUUUUUCUGAAAUUAAUUUUUCAAAAUCAAUAUUCCCUCAAAUUCAUCCUAAAAUUGAAAAUAUUCCAGGAUCGACCAACUACUCUUACAAAUGUUGUGGCACCAGUUCAAAAAAUCCAAUAUGUGUAA